UUUCUCAGUUCGGACCGGGCCAUCGUCAAGUGAGCACGCUAUUUUUCCCCCAUGAAAACUGUGUGUCUGUGUGUGUAUAUGUGUUUAAAAAGGAAAAUUUUUCCCGCGUUACGUACGAUAAUUGCGCACUAGUUCCCCCUACACAAAGGGAGUGUUUACCCAAUUAAAGAAUCACAAGCGGAAGUUUGAAUCGAAACAAGAAAAAGAAAAAAUGUCGCAACAAAUAGUGUGCAAAUUGUUCGACAUUCAUGUAAGCACAUGUGGCACCACGAGGACGACGACGCCGUUCGUCAACCGGAAGCGACGCGCGCAAGCCAACUUCCUCGAAUACACUCAUGUCUUUCAAUUUAUCGCAGGUCCAGUUGAAGGACCGGAAGUGCGGAUCAGUGGCGAACGACUACGACGACGACGAAAUAAAAGAAAUCGAUUCAACAUUGAAAAUUUUCCUUUUACUUGAAAUACGCAGUUAGUGUGAAGCAAAAAUUGGAUUAUUAAACCAUGUGGUGUUAUUUUGCGAACUGGAAUAUUAGUGAUGACAUGUGGCAAAUAAUAGAGAAGUGAUUCCUUUUUUUUUGCUUUAGUAGAAAAAUGUGAAUAACGAGUGCGUCGCUUUAACCGGUAAUUGGACCAUUCCUUAUGCCAUUGAGGUAGUAAUGGCCCUUGUAGCGUGGUCACGCUACACCACGGUGCGCCAUAGUACUAUAGAGACUUCCGGCCCGCCACAGGAAGUGAGACACACGUGUCCGGGCGUAUGUGUUCCCAUACUAAUACCAGUGUCGAGUUCUACCCUGCGGUGCGUUACAAGUACGACUGCUUGCUUCCUUUGCGCCUUCUCCUUUCUGAAAACGAUCGAAAAAGCAGACAGUGUUGAAAAUUUUCUAACAGUGUUUACUGUUCCGAAUGCCCUUGGAUAAUUACGUCUAAUCUAUAAACAAACAAAUGGUUGGAAGGAUCUUGCUGGAGUACUUUAAAUCUGCAGUUGAAUCAAAUAGCGAAUUGAAUUUCGAUGAAGUUUUUAAUACAGUCAACCAGAUCAUCAGUGAUCCAGAACCAUCAAUUAGGUUGGACUUAGUUGAACAGCUUCCACAUGUGGCGAUAAUAUGCCAUGAAACGCCCCACCUUUUUGGGGACGCAUUAUCCUGCUACAUCAUUGAGAUCAUUCUCAAAUAUCUCCGUGACACGGAUAAUCAGGUGCGACAAAUGGCGCAAACAGCCCUAAUUGCCAUCGUUGAGCGUGGAAUUUUAACGAAAAAACAACUCGAGGUCGAAGUCUGUCCUGUGAUUCUCAAUAUGACCUAUUUGCAAAUUGAGUUUCUCAACACGGCUAUUGUUCUCAUGAGUAAAUUGGGACCAUAUCUAGGAAGUGAAGUGUUGGAGACUAUUUUGCUGGACAGAUAUUUGGAACUCUGUGAGGACGAGAGAUUUUUCGUGAGGAAAGUUUGUGCCUCAUAUUUAGGAGAGAUUUGUGCGAACAUCUCGAAAAGUAUAGUCUAUGAAAAAUUGCUGCCGAAAUAUAUAAAUUUGUGUAUAGAUGAUGUGUGGGGCGUAAGAAAAGCAUGCGUCGAUGUGAUGCUGUCAGUUGCUUCCUGCGUUACGAUUUACAAAUAUCGAAUGAUACUCUCAAAAUUAUUGAUGGAUCAAUUAUCGGACGAAUCAAAAUGGGUGCGAACAUCAGCUCAUCAAAUUCUCGGUCCUUUCAUUUCAAUUUUCGCCACACAAUUCAGUGGCUUAAGAUACAAUCAAUUUGGAGAUUUUGUCAUGUCCCAUAAUCAAGGUUCCGAACUCAGGCAAAAUAUAAUACCGUCAACGAAAAACGAAUCAGUCGUUGGACCAAACGAUAAUUUUGCAACUCCACUUGAACAGGAAAUUGGAAUUAUUGGAAUUGAUACCUACACGUCUAAUAAGCGAAAUAAACGAAAUCAAUCUGUGUCCAAAAAUGAUAUGAUGUUCUUCCCACUUACUGGAUGGCUAGGCGAAAUUGUAGAGAGCGAAGAACAAAACGACAGUUCAGGCGAGUCAUCAGGAGAUGACGUAAAUAAAUUCAAUCCUUUCCAGUAUUACUACAAUCCACCGGAAAUGCCAUUAGAUCUGGAAUUGGUCCGCCCGAGUGAUAAAUCAUCACAAUCGGAAGAUAUACGAAAAAUGUUUGACGACUAUUAUGAUUUGGAGUAUGAAAAUCAAAUUUCGGAUAUACAACCACCAGUGGAUGAUUCGGCAGUGUCGCCGUCGUCACAGCAACAAGAAGAACCACAAUUGGACAAGGAAAAUUUAAAUAAACCUAGCGAAAUUUCUAUCGAAACAUCAUCAUCAUCAUCAUCGAGUCCAGAGAGCAAUAAUUUAAAUUCUGAUUCUGAAAAUACUGAUAAAACUGUAGAUAAUUCAAGUACAAUAGUCGAUCAAGAAACGGAAAAAUCAAAUGAAGAAUCAUCAACAAAUUCCGAAAAUAUCGAUGAUAAUUCAACUCAAACAAUAACGAGAGUAAUAAAAAAAGAUUAUCCAGCAGCGUCGUCAAUGGAAAAUAAUACUCUUCCAUCAUUAUUAAAAGGGACAAAAGCGAAAGACGAAAAAACAGACGAAAGUGUACCUCAAUUUUUAAUAGCUCGUUUUAUAUCGAUGGCCGAUCCAGCGCCAUUAUUUGAUUAUGGAACCGAACUUCACCAUCAAUGUGCCUUCUAUUUUCCCGCCGUUGUCAUGACACUUGGCAGGAAAAAUUGGUUUCAAUUGAAGAACGCCUAUCAAGCAUUGGCAUGCGCUGUACAAUGGAAAGUGAGAUGUACACUUGCAUCGAGUAUACAUGAGAUUGCAUUAAUAUUAGGCGAGGAACUCACCAGCACUGAUCUCAUGCCAAUUUACGAUGGUUUCAUUAAGGAUCUCGACGAAGUGAGAAUUGGCGCGCUAAAACAUCUUAGUACAUUUUUAGAGGUUCUCAGGCCAGUUAAUCGGCAGAAAUAUUUAUCAAAAUUGUCUGAUUUCAUUGUUCCUGACAAUGAAAAUAAUUGGAGAUUUCGCGAGGAAUUUGCCAAUCAAUUAUUACAAGCUAUUUUACUUUAUCAACCGCAAGAUAUUUCGGAACAUAUCGCACCAUUGGCGUUGCAAUUGCUGCAAGACAAGGUGGCUGCUGUGAGGCAAAUUGCUCUUCAGUUGAUAACGCAAAUUACAAGGUUCCUGGGGAGUGAAGAGCCUUUGGUGAUAGCUUUGAUACAGGAGCUCAAUCAUCAAUUACUAUUAGAUCAUCCAUUAAUAUUCAGAAGUAAAUGGAAAUGUAGACAGACUUAUGCUCUUAUUUGUUCGCAACUCAUUAGUACAGAAUCAAUUAACUUAUUAAUUUUCGUCAAUGAAAUGCUCCCUCAUCUUUUCAUUUUGUGUGAAGACAAGGUACCAAAUGUUCGUUUGGUUGUAGCUAGGACUUUAACAAAUGACAUCUUGCCCUUGAAUAUUGAUAGGUUCAAUAUCGAGAGGACGUGGCAGGCUAUCCUUAAAUUAAAGCAGGAUACAGAUCGCGAUGUUCGAGUUUUAGCGGGGGCUAGUGAUCCGAAGGAAUCAAACGACCAGAGUCUUAACCAUACAUUUCUUUUAGACGCUUUCUAACAUAAAUUCAACUCGUCUCCACAGCGGACCAUUUUCCGUCAAGGAUACACGAAUUAAAAAAAAUAUCUCUCACUAGGAAGAAAAAAGAAACCCUUUAAAACAAUGCAUUCGUAACGGUGCUUUUCUUUUGUACACUUAAAAAAAAAAUUUCACUUAAAAAAAAAGAUUAACAAAGCGUGAAUUGAAUAAAAAUAGUGACGAACAUUUUUUUAGAAAAAUCAAUUUUUUACGGCUCUCAAAAAGUAGCCAUUUUUUUGUCAAUAAUCCGCUGAUUGGCAAAAGACAGUGUGAAUGUUAGAAUUUGUUUUUUGUUUUUAUCUUUUAUUCGAAAGGCAAUAGAAUUUUUAAUUUUAACUCAUCAGUUGCGUUAAAAUAAUAUUGUUAAUGUCUUACAAAAACUCAAUGAGUAAACAUCGAGGUAAAAAAGAAACCAGUUUUUAAAAUGAAACUUUCCGUUAAGUAAAAAACUAAGUAUUAAAUGGAAUUUUUGCGGUUCGUGUCUUUUUUUUUAAUGAAAAAUAAAUUUAUAAUUCAGCAUCAUAUCAAAAAUAUUCUACCGAAGCUUAAAAAAAUAUACAUAAUAAAAAAGAAAUUUUCCAGUUUUUAAAAAAAGUACGUCCAAGGUUUUUUGUCCAAAAAAAUUUCCUUUUUAUAAGUAAAUGUGAGCGUCAAUUGCUGCCGACUUUUUUUUUAGCGCUUUGCGUCCAGAAAAUAAUUGCAUUUUUUUAGCACACUCUAGUUAUAUAAAAAAUCGUGUACAAUACAAUUUUUAAGGAAGAAAAAAAAAUGUCAAAAAACUUUUACAAAACAAAAAAAUGAAUAAAAUAAUUAACUGAAAGUAGAUAUUGCCUAUGCAAAUUUCCCGAUUCUUUUCUGUCGUUUUUGUAAAAGGAAAAGUUUUUUUGUAAUAAACAAUUUAACACCAAUUAUUUGUAAUAAUAAAAAGGAAAAAAAAACUCUUCGGUCACGAUAUUUGAAAAGAAAAGGUUGUUUAUUUUUAUUUAUAAUCGUGAUAUUAUCUUUAUUAUUAACGUGAUUAUUAUAAUUGUCGAUCUGGAUGCAAAAAAAAGGGAAAAGCCGAUUCUGACAUAUUUUUUUCCUCUUCCUCCAUAUUUCGUUUUCCACUCUCGAGAGAGAAUAAUGCUCGAUUUACUGUGAAUAUUUGCGCAUUUGGAAGGGAGGUAUCGUUUAAUGUGUACAAUAAUAUUUUAUGUAUUUGGUAAAUAAGACGACAAAUAAAUUUCAAGCAAUUUGUUACAUA